AUGCCAGCCGCCCAAAGUAUGAUGAAAGCUGUGGUGUUCAAGAGUGUAGGGAAAGUAGUCGUUGAAGACAGACCCAGACCCCGGAUCGAGGAUCCUCGAGAUGUCAUUUUGAAGGUCACCGCCGCAGGGCUGUGUGGUAGUGACCUCCAUUGGUUCCGUGGUCAUCAAAAAAUCCCUGGUGACUUCAUCCCCGGCCAUGAAAUAGUUGGCAAUAUAUUUGAAGUGGGCAGUGCGGUCGAGAGAUUCAAGAUUGGAGAUUCUGUUGUUGCAUCCUUCUCAACACAAUGCGGCAAAUGCUUCUAUUGUCGGAAGGGCCAGACAAGUCGUUGCCCCGAGUAUUAUCUAUUCGGUAACCGCUCAUCUCCACGCGAUAUCGAUGGCGGACAGGCCGAGUACGUCAGGAUCCCCUACGCUGAUACAUCUCUGUCCCGUCCGCCAAAAGGAUUGCCCGCCAAGCUAUUGGUGCUGAUGGGUGACAUUUUCCCUACCGGCUAUUUUUGUGCAUCCCGCUUCCUGAAGCCAAUGCCAGCUGCAGAAGCAAAGGAGACGGUCGUGGCUGUAGUUGGCUGUGGCCCGGUGGGAAUCUGCGCCAUUGCCAGUGCGUUGACUUUCUGCGAUACGGUCUACGCACUCGAUCUUGUGCCUGAGCGUCUCGCUGAGGCGGCAAAGAUUGGCGCCAUACCCCUUGGUCUGGAUGAUGACCCGGUGGCCGCCGUCAAAGCUGCCACUGAUGGUCGAGGUGCCGAUCUUGUCCUCGAAGUUGUUGGAGGCCCAGAGCCGAUGAAGCUAUGUAUGAACCUCAUCAGGCCAUUUGGAAUUAUCAGUAGUGUCGGCGUGCAGCCGCACGACUUGACCUUUGACGGACCAAUGCUGCAUGCCAAGAAUGUUACGAUUGAAUGGGGUAGAUGCCCUGUCUAUGGCAUUUUCAGUGACUCUUUAGAGUGUUUAGUCAAAGUGCAGGAUAAAGUUGCCUUUCUUUGCGAUACAGAAAUGAAUUUGGAGGAUGCCGUUGAGGCAUAUCAGUUGUUCGACAGCCGCAAGGUUCACAAGAUCAUUCUUAUCCCUUGA